AGAUAAAAGAAGAAAGAUUUAGAGAGAGAAAAAGAAACACCUCCUCCAUAUCUGGCUGUCAAUCAAAUCUACUCUGCUGCACAAGAUCCUAUCUAUUCCCCUGCUCUAUGUUCCUCUCAUGAUUUCUCAGGCCUUUUCCGCCACAGCAGAAGCAGCUCCGCCGAUUAUAUAAGUAAAUUCCAUUCUUUUCCAGAAUCCCAGGCAAGCAUUCGUUUUGGUUGAAGUAUUAGAUGGAAGGUGGUAUAUAUACAGGCAUAGGAAAUGGUACCCAGUUGGAUAGCAAGGUUGUGCAGACAUUUCAGAAGAGCUUUGUACAAGUACAAGACAUUUUGGAUCAGAACAGAUUGCUAAUAAAUGAGAUUAAUCAAAACCAUGAGUCCAAGAUCCCCGAUAACCUCAGCAGGAAUGUGGGAUUAAUUAGAGAGCUUAACAACAACAUUAGAAGGGUGGUAGAUCUCUACGCUGAUCUUUCCAGCAAUUUUUCCAGGUCAAUGGAAGCCUCUUCAGAAGGUGAAUCUGCUGGGACUUUGAAAUCAGAUGGAAAAUCUAGUGAGAAGAGAAUUAGAUCCGGGUAAUUGUUCUAAAUAUAGCUUUGUUGUAGUUAUAGAUCCUGCAGUCUUAAAUUACUGAAUAAGGGAAAAAAACUGUGAAUUUGUGAUACUAGAGGAAAUAACUUCAUAAUAUUGUGGUGCUCAUUUGUAGUUUUGAAUCAAUAAUAUCUAUCUAUUUGAGGCUUUAUGCAACAUUUUCACUGCCACAAACUAUGAUGAAAAUCUCAGUAUAAAACUAUAGAAGUAUAGCCUUGAAGUCUU